GAUCGUCUUCGCCUCCGCCUCCGCCUCUGUGUCGCGUUCUGUGAAUAUGAAAGUAAAAGUCCCCUCAGAACGUCAUUUGUACCCUAAUUAAUUGGCACUACUCUCGCACUCUUCUGAGAAAACGUGAAACUGGAAACGAAGAAAAACGAACAGUGGUGAUAGAGUGUGCCUCAAGAUUCAAGACAUAUAAACGAAAGUUGUCUAAUUUCCUGCCCGCCGUGUGAAUACAAAAGCCACAAAACGAUGACGGCCACGGGAGAGCCAGGCGCUCGGGAGGACUCUACUACCGGUGCUCCGGCGACCAUCGUUACGCCUCCGUCUCCGAAUCCUGUGCCCAGCGAUGUGCCCAUGCCCAACUCCAAUGGCAGUGGCAAUCACAAGAGUACCAUCGUCAUCGAGAGCCAGCCCAAGCGGCGGGUCAGCAUUAUUUCGGAUCCACCAGCUAUCGGCGGCGGUGGCCCUGGUUCCGGAUACGAUAAUCCAGCCUAUGAGCAAAAUCCGAGACGUAAAAUUUCCCAGACCUCCACACACUCGCACAGCGAUAUUGGACCAGCGCGAAGGAAGAGCAUUCUAAAGGACUCUGCGCCUCCACAUGACUACGAAAGCGAUCGGGCCUCGACGCAUAGUUACGAAAACUAUCGACAGAAUGCGCUGGACGUGCUCAAUGCCAAAUACAAUGGCCACCAGAUGGGACACACCUCGGUGGGUGACAGCAAUGGCGGGGCCAACUAUGUCGAGGAGUCUUGGAUGUACACAUUCUGCCUUAAGUGCCGCGGCGAGGAGCCAUCAGCAUCUUGGGAGCCGCCCUUCUGGCAGAAGAUCUUCCCCUACCCGCUGUGUCCCACUUUCAGGACAGUCUCUCGCCUGAUUUCCCUCAUCCUGAUCGGUGUCCUCAUCUGGGUUACGGCCUUCGUGAUCAUUGGCGACUCGGCAGCCCCUGGAGGGCAGCUGUUCGGCCUGGUUGUACUCACUGUGGCCGCCAACUUUGGCGGAUAUCUGAUAUCAUUGACUACAUUGCCUCGACUGAUCGGCAUGCUCCUGGUGGGCAUACUCUUCCAGAACGUGGGCUGGGCGAAUCUCGAUGGCGACUUCUCCAAGGUGACGGCUCACUUGCGUAAAUUUGCGCUCACCAUAAUCUUGACUCGAGCUGGCCUCGAGAUGGAGCCAGAGGCCUUUAAGAAAGUGUACAAAACGAUCCUUAAGCUGGGCAUUAUCCCCUGGUGCGUGGAGGCGGUCGUGAUGGCCGUGAUGUCGCAUUUCCUACUCGACCUUCCUUGGAUCUGGUCCUUCCUGCUUGGCUCCAUCAUUGCAGCGGUGUCGCCGGCAGUUGUGGUGCCCUGUCUAUUCCGCCUGAGGACCAAGGGCUAUGGCGUCGCCAAGGGUAUUCCCACACUGGUGGUGGCCGUGGCCGGAGUCGAUGAUGCACUGUCGGUGGCCAUUUUCGGUAUCAUCAGCACGGUGAUGUUCUCCGACAAGGGCCUGGCCUACCAGAUCGCUCAGGCUCCGGUGUGCAUCCUUGGCGGACUGGGCUUCGGUGUCAUCUGGGGAUCGCUGGCUCGCAUUUUCCCGGAGAAGGGUGACGCCUUUGUCGUACCUCUGCGAACGCUGCUGCUUUUCACCGGCGGUCUGAUGGCCAUCUAUGGCAGCGAGGAGUUGGGCUUCGAAGGCGCCGGACCUCUGGCAGUCGUCUUCUCGGCCUUUGUUUCAAACCUGUUUUGGUGCAAGGACGGCUGGAACGUGGAGGAUAAUCCGGUGUCCACCGCCUUCGAGAUUUUCUGGAUGAUCUUCGAGCCGAUCCUGUUCGGGCUCACCGGCGCCACCGUUAAGAUCCGCGAGCUGGACUCGCAUACAGUGUCGAUCGGAGCGGCCUGCAUCUUCACCGGAGCCAUCCUGCGCAUCUUCACCACGGCGGGCAUUGCGUUCGGCGAUCGUCUUAACACCAAGGAGAAGUUCUUUGUUGGACUUUCGUGGAUGGCCAAGGCCACUGUGCAGGCGGCACUCGGUCCGGUGGCCCUCAAGCACCUGGACGAUAACUCCACGGAGGAUGAGCGCAACUGGGCAAAUAUUGUGCAGACAAUUUGUGUCUUCAGCAUAGUGCUGACCGCUCCAUUGGGUGCUAUCCUCAUCUCUGUGACGGGCACCAAGUUGCUGACCAAGACAAAGCAGCCGCAGGAUCUCAGCGGCUGGCGACGCAGCCAUCGACCGUCCAUUCGAGACAUCAGCAUCAUUGACGAGGAGGAGGAACGCGAAGAUCCCGAAAUUCCUGAGGACAAGGAGACCCACGACAAUACCCUUAACAACGCCCACAUUCCCACCAUUUCCUACACCUACAAUACAUAGGCGAAUUGCACAUAACUCGACUUUCGGCGGGGCCAAGAAUAAUGUUGAUUGUUAUUAAGAAAAUGUACAUUAGCUUAAGCGGACUUUGCAUUCCAAAAUAAAUGAAUAAGUUAACAUAA